AAGGUGCAAGUCACAGCCAGUGCAAAACAGUGAACAGAGUGUCAUUUCAUUCAGCCGGAGAAAGCAUUUCACAUUUUAAAAAUUGCAAUAAAUUUCAAAGUUUUUAACAUAACACACAUAAAUUAAGAACGACAUUAACAGGAGAACCCCACAGAACAUUGAAGUUUGCGAAUAAUAAACAAGAUGGAUCGAUUAUUGAGAUUGGGGGCAGCCAUGCCAGGUAGAGGCCUUGGUCAAGGGGGCCCUCCAGCCGAUGGGCCGAUUGUGGACACUGCUGAGCAGGUUUACAUCUCAUCGCUCGCCCUCCUUAAAAUGUUGAAACACGGUCGAGCCGGUGUGCCGAUGGAGGUCAUGGGUCUCAUGUUGGGAGAGUUCGUUGACGACUAUACAGUACGUGUCAUUGAUGUCUUUGCAAUGCCUCAGUCUGGGACGGGUGUCAGUGUCGAAGCUGUUGAUCCAGUUUUUCAAGCAAGGAUGUUAGAUAUGUUGAGACAAACUGGAAGACCUGAAAUGGUUGUUGGGUGGUACCAUUCUCAUCCAGGGUUUGGAUGCUGGUUAUCUGGCGUGGAUAUAAAUACUCAACAGAGUUUUGAAGCACUGAGUGAACGGGCUGUUGCCGUUGUAGUGGAUCCCAUUCAGUCUGUGAAAGGGAAAGUUGUGAUUGAUGCUUUUAGACUGAUCAAUCCAAACAUGAUGGUCUUGGGACAGGAACCUCGUCAAACUACAUCCAAUUUGGGUCACUUGCAGAAACCAUCGAUCCAGGCAUUAAUUCACGGCUUGAAUCGUCAUUACUACUCAAUCAGUAUCAAUUAUAGGAAAAAUGAGCUGGAACAAAAGAUGUUGUUAAAUCUCAACAAGAAAUCUUGGGAGGAUGGACUUCGCCUCGAAGAUUAUAAUGAGCAUUGUAGCUUGAACGAGAAAACCAUGCAAAACAUGUUGGAAUUGGCGAAAUCGUAUAAUAAGGCUCUUGAGGAUGAAGAGAAAAUGACUCCAGAACAACUUGCGAUUAAGAAUGUAGGAAAACAAGACCCAAAGCGUCACUUGGAGGAGAAGGUGGAUCAAUUAAUGAGUGCGAAUAUUAUCCAAAACCUUGGAGCUAUGGUACAGUCUAUUGCAUUUAAGUAGUUUUUAUUAGGGAACGUAUUACAUAAGUUUAAAAAAUAACAUAACUUAAAAUACCACGUUUUGUACCAAUAAUUUCAACAUUUAGGGUGGAAAUUUCUAAAAUUUUGUAUAAAAGUAUGUAAAUGAACAAUUUGUAACCGAGUUCAGAUUUGGAAGCUGAUAAAAAUUAUUUAAUGGGAAAUAAAUCAAAAAUUGAAUAAAAA